UAAAUUAUAACUGGUCCUCUUGUGAAGUUGAAGCUAAAGUAAAGAUUCUUGUGAUGUGAAACACACUGUUGAAUUCAAAAUAGCAGUUUGACUGUAUGAAUAGCCACACUUUAAAUGUUUGAUGUGUGAAAUCAUAUGAAUUCUUCCAGAGUCAGAUGGCAGUUGCUUCUACUCUGUUAAACUAAGCUAGUUAGCCAACUGUUACUUCUUCUCUAUAUAAUGAUUGAAUUUAGCUACUGCCGUAUUUAUGUAGGAUAACAAAGUAAGUUAGCAAGAUGUAGGUUUAGCUUUAUUCAAAGUUGCAUGUGUCUGACUGGUUAUCUUGCAUAUGGACACUUGUUUAUUCAUGUUUUCCCUGUCUUUAUUUGAUGAUGACAGAGUUGACUCACAGAUGGAGGGAUAUCUGGUAGAAGUGGAGAUAACCACCAGCAGCACAAUGAGCUCAUCAGCAGAGGUAAACAUAAAGAGUUGUUGUCUGUUUAGUUCAAGUAAAAGUCCCAUUCAUUUUUCCCAUAAACAAUGUUACGUGACUGACAGAAAAUAUCUGGUUCUUUGAUAAAAAGUCAAAGGUGUAAGCCUGUGUACAUAAAAACGUCGACAUUAACUACCACUCCCAAGGUGCAUUUCUGCAAGAAACAUCCAAUCACAGAGCUUAAAAUGAUAUUACUGAAAACACAAUCUGCAUCUUCAAAUGACGUUUUUUGUUUGCAACUGUAACAACUACGUGUUUUGAAUUUGUUACCGCUCUGAUUCACAACUCUGACUAGCCUUUUCUCCAUGACAACAGUGACAGAGGCUCAUGGGAAUUGUAGUAUCUAGACUCGUCCGCCAUGCCAAAUUUAUAACUUUAUAACAUUCAGGAUGCCUGAAACAUGAUGUGGUUUUGUUCCAUUGUUAAGUGCAAUACUGCACUCUCUGUUGUUUUAAUAUUGAAAACUAGUUAUUGACAGGUCACUUCUUCAUGUAUUAUUAGUGAGCGCCACAAAUUAAUAUCCUCUCUUACACGUUUCCUAUCUUUCUCUGUCAACGUGCCUGUGUAUGUCGCCUGUUUUUGUCGUUCGUCUCCUGUUUGUCUCACACCGUUUUCCCCCCGAAUGUGUUAAGCGUCUUUGAGAUCUAUAAAAAGCGCUAUAUAAGUUUAAUCUAUUAUCAUUAUUAUUAUUACAUAUUUUUGCUUCAUAGCAACAGACGGCCACAAAUCCAGCCGGACCUUAUGGUGAAGGUGAGGAGAGUUUCAUGGCAGAACAAAUGGAUCCGCAGCAACGUGCCGACACUGUGGAGAAACCAUACUGCUGUGACUGGUCUUACUCAGAGUAUCUGAAUCGUCAGAGUAUCUCCAUUGGAGAGAAGCCCUAUACCUGUGAGCAGUGCGGGAAGAGUUUCAGGCAAUCUGCAUCUUUAAAGUAUCAUCAGCGUAUCCACACUGGAGAGAAGCCCUACACCUGUGAGCAGUGCGGGAAGAGUUUCAGGCAAUCUGCAUCUUUAAAGUAUCAUCAGCGUAUCCACACUGGAGAGAAGCCCUACACCUGUGAGCAGUGCGGGAAGAGUUUCAGGCAAUCUACAUCUUUAAAGUAUCAUCAGCGUAUCCACACUGGAGAGAAGCCCUACACCUGUGAGCAGUGCGGGAAGAGUUUCAGGCAAUCUACAUCUUUAAAGUAUCAUCAGUGUAUCCACACUGGAGAGAAGCCCUACACCUGUGAGCAGUGCGGGAAGAGUUUCAGGCGAUCUGUAUAUUUAAAGUAUCAUCAGCGUAGCCACACUGGAGAGAAGCCCUACACCUGUGAGCAGUGUGGGAAGGGUUUCAGCCAAUGUGGAUAUUUAAAGUGUCAUCAGCGUAUCCACACUGGAGAGAAGCCCUACACCUGUGAGCAGUGCGGGAAGAGUUUCAGAUACUCUGAAAAUUUAAAGGUUCAUCAGCGGACUCAUACUGGAGAGAAGCCCUACACCUGUGAGCAGUGCGGGAAGAGUUUCAGCCAAUGUGGAUCUUUAAAGUAUCAUCAGCGUAUCCACACUGGAGAGAAGCCCUACACCUGUGAGCAGUGCGGGAAGAGUUUUAGAUACCCGGAAACUUUAAAGGUUCAUCAGAGGACUCAUACUGGAGAAAAGCCCUACACCUGUGAGCAGUGUGGGAAGAGUUUCAGCCAAUCUGGAUCUUUAAAGUAUCAUCAGCGUAUCUGUACUGGAGAGAAGCCUGUGAGCAGUGCGGGAAGAGUUUCUCAUUGGUUUCUCUAGAGAGUGUAAUUGAACCGUCUGUAUCUAUUAGCUGUUAAAAAAAAAUGGCAUGUUAUCUGUAAAAGUUGUCAUGAAAAUAUUUCUAUAAUAUUGAUACUGCAUGCAACUUGAGUCGUCACCUGUUAUUAUUGCUUUAAUUCCUCCAUCAAAGCAAAUUACACACACGCGCACACAAUCUCCCAGCUGAAACUACGGCAGCGGGGAAGGGGGUGUCUGCACUGCGCCACACACACACACAAGGUGAAAACAAUACCACCGUCACUGUCACAGCUGGUAAAUAUAUAUCUUUGUAAAAGUACCAAACCAGCUUCUUUUGUUAUAACAUGUGGUAGCAUAAAAAAUAUUAUUCAUUUUUGUGAAAGACCUACAUCUUCUAGUAUGCGUUGACAGAAUAUAUUUUUAAUGGUGAGUGUGGACAAUCGCCACCUAGUCCUCUAGUCCUUUUUUCCCUGGGACGAUACAUCGAUCUCCCGAUUCAAAACUAUCAAGAUACUUGGGUGCCGAUUUGAUAUGUAUUGCGAUUUUUAAGUAUUGCGACUUUUAAGUAUUGCAAUUCUACAAGUAUUGCGAUACGAUAUUCCGAUUAAUUGAGA